UAUUAUUAUACAAAGUAUAUUAUAACGACUUAGUCACGUUAUUACAAUAUAAUAUUGUAGCUACCAGCCAAGGCAAUAGCACUCCCACUUUUCUCGAGGCGUCACAGUGAACGGUCAACGCCACAGGGAGUGAGUGUGUCGGUAAAUAUGUUUUUAUUGCUCCAGCAGUAUUGUCAGUGGACCUUAGGCGUGCGGUCUGUUCGAUUUCACGCACCCUCAUAAACAUAUUAGUUUUUAGCAAAAUUAUUUUUCACAUUUAAAAAGUUUUAAUUGUAAACUCGGUUUUUUUAUUUUCUACAUAAUAGUAGUAAGCGUCGAAAGAGUCUCGUCGAGAAUUCACCUAUUCCAUACGAAUCAAGUCGACAAUAUUUGUAUUGGUUGAUUUUUCAUUGGCUCCGCUUAGAUGGCUCAAUCCGACAAAGAUAUGGUGUAUUUUGCCGAGAAGUAUCCAAGGGUUUUCCUAAAUCCGAGUGACGUCGAGCAGAGGUGGUAUCAUAGGAUUUUGAAACCAGUGUUUAUUGCAAAAGAAAACGACCUCGCACGAAUCGACAGAGAACUGAUGGACACGGGAGAACUCGACGAAACGACCGGCGUGUUUAAUAUGGUCAGUCCGAACACGUCCAAAAAGAUUUGGUCUUUCACGCAUCGGACACCACUUGACCUAAUCAAAGUGAUAAUUACCGGACAAGACCCGUAUCCGCCAAUGUUUCGGGGCAGGAAAAACGAAUUCGAGUCCGACGGGUUGGCAUUUUCCACAUUACAUUGUGGAAACAGUCUUCCCGACAAUAACGUGUUGAAGCGAAUAUUCGACGCUGUAACAGACCAGAUCGAAGAUCCAAAUCUGGACAUGUCCCGCACGACGUUAGACUAUUGGGCUUGGCAAGGUGUACUUUUGUUGAACACUGGACUUACUCGGGGUGACGAAUCGCACACACAACUCUGGAUGAACAUCACUAGGGAAAUUGUUGUAAGAGUAUGUAAUUAUGUCCGCGCCCGGGAUGUGCAGCGCCGGCCCCUCGGCGUUCUGCUGUGGGGCUUCGAAGCCAAGUAUAAUUUUGGAAGGAUUUUGUCACGGCACUGCCACAAUAAUAUAACACUAACGUGCCGUCAUCCUUCGGCGGCAGCAGACAAACAUUUCAAGGGCCAGCCUUUUGCGGAAUCUAACGGACAUUUUGCGGAAAUUAACGACAUAUUAGAAGAAAUGGGCAAACAGCCGAUUGACUGGUCGACGGUGCCCGAGGAAGAACGCGGUGGCCAAUCGGACGACUAUUGGGAUUAUUACAACCAAUAGUCUUGAUCAUGUUUCAUAAUUAUAAUAAUCGUACCCAGCUUCAUUUAGACGGAUUAGUUACUCAAUUCAGUGACAUUACUUUCAAAAAAAAAUAUAUUGAAUAAUUGUUUUGUUCUAUAUCCGCCGUACAUAAGUGGAUAAGACCACCGCGAAACCUAAUAUGUGCAAAGACCCGACCAAUGGUAAUACAAACUAAUAAAUAAUAAUUUCAAAUAGUUUCCCUUACUCAAAAAAAUCGAAAGAAAAAUUUUAAAUAACGAUACAGCUAUAGUAAUAUGAAAAUCAUUAUUAUUCAACAUAUUAUUAUGUUUAUUUAUACAUUUUAUAAAAUACACGAUUUAAACUUUAUAUGUUUAUUUUAAUAUAAAUGAAAUUUUUUUAAGUGUAACAAAAAAAGCUAACCUAUGAUUUUAAUUGAAAAGUAUGUGUUUAAUGUAAAAAUAAAAUUAAAAUAUAUGCAAUUUGUAAAAAAUAUAUUAGGGCGUGUGCAGAGCUAAAACAAAAUUGAAUCAGUCUGAAUUUAUAAUUUUAAUUUUUCAAAAAAAAAAACAAACAAAAUAAUAACAUUUGUAAUUAUUACAUGUAAACGUUAGUA